AGAAAACAUGAGGUAGAACAUAGAAGACAGAGGCAGAACCAUCUUAUAUAUUACAUCGUUUUGUUUCUGCUGGGAACACAUGACCCAUCCUUAAUGGAUCAGUUCACCUUUAAUUUGCUUCCAUUUCUGCUGACAUAUAUAGGGUGCAGUGUUGGGCAGGAUGAUGUAUUGAAGGGUCCAGUGGAUGCAGUCAUGGGGGGAAGUGUGACUCUGAAAGCCCUGGUUGAGAAGAAGAAAAAUGACAUUAUAAUCUGGAAUUUCAGAGACAGGGACGAAUGGGUCAAUGUUGCUACUUUACGUGAAUCAGGGCUACAAGUGAAUGAUCAGUACAAGGGGAGAGCUUCUAUUGACCCCAGCAACGGCUUCUUAUAUUUGUCAUUCCUAAAUUGUGAUGACAGCGGGGAUUAUGGCUUUAAUUUCGUAGGCAGUACUGUUAAAACUGGAGAAAUCAAACUUAGAGUCCUGGCUGCAGCCACCAUGUAUGGACCCACCACAUCUUAUCCUGGAGCCCGUGAGCAGUGUGCAGAUUGUUUUGUGCCUCUAGUUGUGUGCUCGGCUGUGAUCGUUAUGCUGUUGGUUGGUUUUCUGCUGCUCCUUUACAAAAUGUGCAACAGCAAGAGAUCCAGAACUUCAAAUAUAGAGCAAUCCAACAUCCAGGAAAGACGACCUGCAGUCAAAUGCAAAGAAGCCAUUUAUGAUACCCUGAACCUGGCCCCUAUGGACGAGGAUCAAACCUAUUCCACACUCUACUGUGGACGUUUUGAAGCAUGCAGCUAUUCAUAGAAAAUCAGAAGCUGCCAUGUUUGGAUUAAAUCAACAAAAUAUUUGUUAAUCAGCAAGUUUUUACAAAUGUUGACAGGUAUAUCUAUUUGAAUGCAUAUAACUGAAGCCUGAACCAGACCUCCUGUUGCCUACAGUCUUCAUGCAAAGUUAAGCAAAUAACAUCCUGAUCCAGACACACUCACAGGUGUUCAUCAGUACAAACAGUGUGUGGAUGUGAGAUAAAAAGUUAAACCAUUUCCACAACAAAUGAAAAAACUCAAAGAGUUGUCAGUAAGCAGGAAGUACAGAUGGCAGUAAAAAUCAUGAAAAGUUAUCCAUCACGCUUUAAAGGUACAUAUAGAUGUAUAUAUUCACCAGCUACUUCAUUAGUUACACUUUACUGUUACCAGGCUGGACCUCUUCUGACUUCAGAACUGCUUUAAUUCUUCAUUAUAUAGAUUUAACAUGCUGUAGAGUUGUCAGCUGCACAUUCAUAAUGAGAAUCUUCUAUUCCAUUACAUCCUAAAUGUGCUCUAUUGGACUGAGAUCUGGUGACUGUGGGCCAAUGGAGUACAGUAAAUUUAUUGUCGUGUUCAAGAAACCAGUUUAAAAUCAUUACAACUAUGUGAUACUAUCCUGCUAGAAGUAGCCAUCAGAAGAUAGUACACUGUGGUCAUAAAGAGAUGGUCAUGGUCAGUAACAAUACUCAGAUAGGCUGCAAUUACAUAACCACCAGUCUGAACUGUUAAUACAGUGCAGGACGGAUCCAUGCUUUCAUGUUGUUUGCUCCAAAUUCUGACCCUAGCAUCUGAAUGCGGAGCUGAAAUGGAAACUCAUCCGAGCAGGCAACAUUUUCCCAAUGCUUAAUUGACCAGUUUUGGUGGGUUGGUGAGAAGGGCAGCUCCAACGUCCUGUUCCUGACAGGAGUGGCACCUCGUGUGGAGAUGGUAGUUUGCAUACCUUGAUUGUAACCAGUUAUUUGAGUAACAGUUGCCUUUCUGUCAUCUCCAGCCAGUCUGCCCAUCAUCCUCUGACAUCAACAAGGCAACAACUGUUGCUUACUGGAUAUUCUAUCUUUUUCACAACAUUCUCUGUAAACCCUAGAGAUGGCUGUGGGUGAAAAUCCCAGUAGAUCAGCAGUUUCUAAAAUACUGAGCCCAACCCACCUGGCACCAACAACAGUGACACAUUUAAAGUCACUUAAAUGCAGGGUUUGAACUUCAGCAAGUCAUUUUAACUGUGUCUAUAUGCCUAAAUGCAUCGAUUGCCAUGUGACUGGCUGUUUAGAUAUUUGUGUUAACAUGCAAUUCAGUAGGUGUACCUAAUAAAGUGCCCUGAUUUUAACUUUAUAUGUAACUUACAGGUUAAUGUAACCAAAGAAUUAAAUAAGCUUUGAAAAAGUCCCUGUAAUUUAUUAUUUCUGCAUUUAAUUUUCAUCUUUUUUUGUCUCCUUUAUUUUCAUUUAAACAGUGUCUUAAUUUAAAUCUUUGUACAAAUGAAACCUGCAGGAUUCAUGGCAUGUUUUUAUGGUGAAUCUCGGGUGAGUCCAACACUAUAACAAUAUUUUUUUUAAACUGCCAUAUCAAGAACAGUUUGUCCGCAUCAAUAGCACACCGCUCAAAAACAUAUAGGCCUCACUUAAACAACAUGUCUUAAAUUCCUGUUUAAAUCGUUAUUCAUUACAAAAUGGAAUAUUUUGAGAAGAAAAUAACAUGGACAAUCAAUGGAAUUCAAAAUCAUUAACACAUGGACAUCUGGAUUUAGGAUCAUGCUCAAAAUAAAAAGUGAAACAAUCAGAUCAUAGACUGAGCCGACUUCUCUGGAAAUUCUGCAAGACACUUCAAAAUGAAAGUCAUUAAUGUGUGUGUGUGUGGCCUCCAGUUGCCUCUUUGCACGCCCUACAUCAUCUUGGCAUGGUCCCGAUAAGACAAUGGAUGUUCUCCUGAGGGAUCUCCUCCCACACCUGGGUCAGGGGAUCAAUCAACCCCUGGACAGUCCAUGGUUCAAUAUGGCAACAAUGGAUGGAAUGCAACAGCAUGUCCCAUAGCGGUGGAUUUGAUUUAGGUCUGAUGAACCGCAUUCCACCCACGUGGAAUCUGUUUCUGACAGUUUAAGCAGAAAUAUGCACAUUAGUGGGAUUGUAGGACUCUGGCAGUGCUCCUCCUGUUCCUCCUUGCACGAAGAAGGACAUAGUGUUCCUACUGCUGGGUUGUUGCCCCUUUUUCAUGUCUCCUGUUACACUGGUCUGUCUCCUGGUAUCUCCUCCAUACACUCGACACUGUGCUGGGAGACACAGCAAACCUUGCCACAACGUGCAUUGAUGUGCCAUCCUAGAUGAGCUGCACUACCUGAGUAACUUCUUUGGGUUGCAGAUACCCCCUCAUGUUACCUCUAGUGGUGAGGCCACUGGCAAAAUGCAAACUUUGCCAAAAAUCAGCCAGAAAAGAUAAGGACGGUUAAAUGGUCUGUGGCCACAACCUGCCGGACCUUUUCUUUUUUAGGGGCUGUUAUGCUAAAUCCAUCAUUUCUACUUGUUCUGUGUUGCAUUUGUACAGCUGGGGAAAGUAAUUCACAAUUAGUGUUACAUCAUAUAUGGAAAGAUCAAUAUCCCAGACUUGUGACUGACUUUGAGUUAUAUGGUACUCAUUAUGUGUUCCCAUUAUUUCUUUGAGCAGCAUAUUACCUGAAAUCAAACGAUUAGCUUAUUAACUGUGCUUCCCCUCGUGUCCAGCAGGUGGCAGCAGCGUCUCGCUGGACUACAUGUCCGCUGUUUAUAAAGACAUGUGUUAUUUUUUCUGCUCUGUCUUUUUAUUCAUAUUAGGGUUAUGUGCUCAUUAUUUAGGAAUGGGUUGGUAUGUGGCAUUUUGUAUGGAUUUUGUGCUUAGAUAAUAAUUGCUGUGAAGAGGCUUUUUAUUUGUCAAGUUUAUGAUCCUG